ACUUUCCCAGAGAACCUUGCUCUCACAAUAAUACUUUUUGAGCCAUUGGCUAACUCGUCGAAAUGUCAUUCCGGCCAGUGUUGAAGCAGCGGGCUGUUGCUCCGAUCGCUGCCACCCUUCUGGCGGGUGGUAUCUCGCUCUAUCCCAACCGGACGGCAUUCGCAGAGGCUCCGAGAAAAUCAAUCUACGACGACUUCCCCGAGCCCUCAGAACCUGCUCCCGCCAAACCCGCCCCAAUCGCGAUCUCAGACGCCCCCAAGUCCACUGAGACCGAGACUCCCUCGUCCCCUGCCCUUUCCUCGUCGUUGUCGUCGACCUCGUCGUCGCCCACCCCGACAGACAUCCUAACGACUCAGGUCCGCCAAGCCCGUCUCUUCCUGUACGAGAACUCGCUCGCCGUGGAAACCGGCUUCAAUAACUUCCUCAGCCGCGCCCUGCACAUCGAGAACGCCUUCACCAACACCAUUGCGUCUCUGGCCCCGGCCCCCGAGUCCGGUGAGCGGUUGAUGCCCGGUGGCGUGUACGUGGUUGUCGCCGCCAUGGCUGGCUCCAUUGUCUCGCGCAACCGGGGCUUCAUCUUGCGCUCUGCGUCGCCUCUUGCGUUCGGUACCGUGGCUGCGUGGUCUUUGCUGCCCGUGACUAUGCGGAAUGUCUCCGAGUUGGUCUGGAAGUAUGAGAAGCGGGUUCCGGCGGUGGCGGAGAACCAUUUGCUGCUUAGGGAGAAGGCGGAGCAUAUCUGGCACACUGGCAUUGCGCACAGUGGUAUGGCGCGGAUGAUGAUGGAGGAGAAGAUUGGUGAGGGCCGGAAGAAGCUUGAGGAGUUGGUUAGGAAGGGUCAUUAAAAUGGGGUUUUUGAUUUGGAAAGUUGAUAAAUAGCCCUUUCUUUUCCCCCCGCCGUGGUGCGGAGGGUUUGCAUAAGUACUGCUACUACUACUGCUACUACUACUGCUACAUAGAUGUAUUGUUAGGUCGUUUUGACUCGAAGGAAUGUUCCUUUUGUUGAAAUUCAUUGCUUCAUUUGAUUUAACAGUACAUGUUAGUCGACACUGGUGUAUUUUUAGGUCGGGAUGCACUCCCGUUUGUCCGUAGAAGCGUGAUAUACAGGAUAUGUUGC